AUGGUUGGAGACGGCCUCCUAUCGAUGAGACACUGUGUUGACGAGGCUGAGGUCGCCGAACAUGUUUUUGGUUUAACAAGCAGCCUGGCCCCUUGCCAAACCAGGAAGAAGUCAUCUUGGUUAUCAGUAAAAGCUGCCGGUGUGGUACCACCCUCUAUGGAUCCAGUUGAGAAGCAACUGUUUAAAAAGCGUCCAUGGUUAAAAGCGUUAGUAGCAAUACCAAAGGUGCAGACAAGAUAUGCUGUAGGAGUGUGGAAGACAUAUCCAUCCAUGAAGUCUCUUCUAAAAGCUAAAAAUCUCGGUGUUUUGGUUAUUAAAAACUGGAAACAGGAACAUGAGAAGGAGUUACUUCUAAAGGACUUGAAGCUUGAAGGGUUAAUGGGAGAUGAAAGAAAUUUAGGAAAAGUCGGUUUAAAGAGGAUAUUUAGAGUUAUGAUGUCUACAAUUGGAGACGUUAACACUGAUGAAGUGGAAAACGGUCCUUCACAGAUUCAUGACUUGAGCUAG